UAUUGCUCUACGAUGCAAUCGCUACGCUCACUGGGAGGUGCUGGAAACAAGUAUGGGGUUGUUGUUAUAUUCAUCGUUUUAGUUGAUGCGGGGGGAAAAAUAAUCGCAUGCCAUAGUAGAGUUGUUAAAUUAUUGGUUUGAAUUGCUUGUCAUAUUCUACUUCAAACAAAUUUCAUUGUCACUGAGUAACACAAUGGAUGUAAUUGAGACGGUUGUAACAGAGAGUAUUGGAGUAGAUGAAACUCCAACGGCGUCCAGUUUGGAUACAGAUAAAUCGAAAGCAGAGUUUGUAUGGACUUUACAAGCCACAUGGCAACUUGUCCAAACCCGCCUCGAAAUGGACCAGGAUUUUGACCAGCCAGUGUGCAAGAAAAAGAAACUGUGGGAGACAGUGGCUGAGAGAGUGACUGCCAAGCUAAGGGCAGCUGGGAGCACAGAUGUCACAGUCAAGGCCUAUGAGUGUGAUCUGAAGUGGCGUAACAUGUUGGCCACAUACAGGAAAAACGCUGAGAGGUCCAAGAGACUGGGGGCCCACAGUGUCCACUGGGAGUUCUUCAAGGCCAUGCAUGAGGUCCUGGGGAAGAGUCGGGAGGAGAUCGAGGCACAGCGCAGGUCCAAACUCAACGGGACCAAGCUGGGCAAGGCUAUUGCCAGCAAGCGGUUUACCCCCAUCCUCCCUACACCCUCCCUGACAGCUGCCCCCUUUGCUUCCAGGCCCCCCCAGGAUGUCCUGCAGCUGUACAUGGAGCUGCAGGAGAGGAAGAUGAACAUGUGGGCCCAGCAGAAGGCCCUGGAGGAGAGGAAGAUAGAGGCCAUCAAUAAUCUAGCCCGUGCAAUCUCCAGUUUGUCUCACAGUCAAAACAACAGUUUCCAGCUGCCAGAGUAGCAGUACAGCACACCAGAGCAAAGGAGUUCUCACUGAACUAAAAACUUUUGGAUUUUGUGUGAUAUAUGGAAGCUUGUGCAUAGAAUGAAAUAGUGCAUCAUGCAAAUGUUUCUUAAGCGUUCAACCAUUCAGCUACUUUGUGUUGUCAUGAUUUGUCAUUGUAUAUGUUUUUAUUAUGCUGUAAUAACACCAUUUGACAAAGGAGUUGACUGCAGGAAUUCCCUGUAAUACCUGUGAAUGAGAAGAAAGCUACACAGGGCAUUUGUACAUAGAUCUGCCAUAGGAUACAAAUAAUCCUACAUAUGUAUAAAAUACAAGAUAUUUGUGUGAUACUCUUCCUUUUAAUAAAAUAUACAAUAUAAA